AGUAACCUAGUAUCUACGAUGUAUGUGGACUUGUGAUGCAUGUAUUGUGCAUGUUGUGGACUGAGGAAAAGAUUUUCUGUCACAUUAAAAUAAAUUAUAAAUUUAUCUUAGGAUUUGUCAGAAUAUUACUAUAGUGUUUGGGGUUUGUGGGUGAUAUAGUAGGAGAAGUAUUUACAGGUUACAACGGCAGAACCAUCUAAAAAACGGUCUCGGAAGAUGGCGGAGACUGAAGCAUUGAAACUGAAAUUCGAACCAUUGAUGUUGAGAUUACAAAUCCAACCAGCUAGUUCCUGAGCUAAGCUGAACACAUCUGGUUUUCAGCCCACACUUGAAUAUGGUGUUAAGCUUUAGAGUGUCAGAGCUUCAGAUGCUUUUAGGCUUUGCUGGUCGUAACAAAUCAGGGAGGAAGACUGAAUUACAGGCUAGAGCUGUGGAGUUACUGCGACUGCGUUCCACUCCUGUUCAGAUGAAGAUUAAGGACUUGUAUAAGUCUAUUCAACAAGGUCAGGCUAGUGGGUUAAUGCCCUUGCAGCAACAACAGCAGCAGCAGCAACAACAACAACAACAACAACAACAACAGACAAAUCCUACUGCAGCAUCCGCGGCAUCAUCUACAGGCGGCAGAGAUCUGCAGCCAGUUCAUAACAGUGCAAUGCAGCAGCAUACCCAACCACAACAGCGCAAUGCAGUUUAUCAGCAGACUGGUUACACAGGUCAAGGUGCUGAUAGGCAGAUACAACCGCCUCGAGGUAUGUAUCCCAAUAACAUGUACCAGUACCAGCCCAAGGCAUCUCCACCUGCCUCAACAGCUAGCAACUACCCAGUGCAUCCAGAUGUGAGACUAAAACGCCUGCCUUUCUUUGAUAUGAUGGGAGAACUGCUGAAGCCAUCAAGCCUGGUUCCCCAAGGCACACAGAGGUUGCAGGAGGGUAAUUUUGUAUUCCAUCUAACUCCACAACAAGCCACAGAUAUUGCAAGUUCAAGAGAUUUGAGACCUGGAACAAAAGUGGAAUACGCAAUUCAGGUACAGAUGAGAUUCUGCCUGCUCGAAACAUCGUGUGAACAGGAUGACUUCUUCCCUCCAGGCAUUUGUGUGAAAGUGAAUGGCAAGAUGUGCCCCUUACCUAACCCUAUUCCAACUAACAAGCCUGGUGUUGAACCAAAACGGCCACCUCGCCCAGUAAACAUUACAACAAUGGUAAAGCUAAGUCCUACGGUAGCUAACCACAUUACUGUUUCUUGGAAUGCGGAGUACGGACGCGGUUAUGCUAUAGCAGUGUACCUAGUUCGGAAAUUGACUUCUUCAGAAUUGUUACAGAGACUGAAAACUAGAGGUGUAAGACAUUCAGACUUCACAAGAGGUCUCAUCAAGGAGAAACUAGCUGAGGAUGCAGACUGUGAGAUAGCCACUACAUCAUUACGAGUUUCCCUGGUAUGUCCACUUGGCAAGAUGCGGAUGAGUACACCAUGCCGUGCCUCCACUUGCUACCAUCUGCAAUGUUUUGAUGCAUCUUUAUACCUGCAGAUGAAUGAAAGGAAGCCUACAUGGAUGUGUCCAGUAUGUGAUAAGCCAGCAUUGUAUGAUAACCUUGUCAUAGAUGGAUAUUUUCAGCAGGUUCUCCUGUCUGGAAAACUUUCAGCAGAUGGUAAUGAAAUCCAGUUGCAUCAGGAUGGUUCCUGGUCUUCGCUAAUUGUUAAGAAAGAACAGACCAGAGUAUUGUCUCCAGUGCCACAGGAGAAGCCUGUAGUCAAGAUUGAGACUGUCUCUGAUGAACUUGAAGUAAUCCAGUCUCCACCAAAGGAUGAACCAAAAACGAAAGUAACUGUAGUUGAUUUAACAUUAAGUGAUUCAGAGGAUGAAGCAGAAGUACCAUUGAAGACUAAUACAACAGUCAAGCCAGAUUCAUCUAAUCAGGCUGUGAACAGUGUAUCGGGAAAUAGGGUACAUUCAGAUACAGGUGUGAGCAGCUCCGGAGGCAGUGCUGGAGGCAACAGUUCACAUACGGGGCUUAGUUCUGUGUCCAGCUCUGGGUACAUGAGCCCCAGUGUGAUCACUCUGGACAGCCCCUCCCCACCUGCAACACCAACACCACCAGCACCACCACCACCGCCUAUGCAACCAUUGCCAGGUCGGAGCCCUGGUCUGCGAAUGCCACAUCCCAUAUUUCCAAAUUCUAUGUACCUUCCAUCUGUACCAACAUUCCUGGACCUAGACUCAGAUUCCAAUAGCCCACAGUCAUCCAAUACAACCCCACUUUAUCCUCCUCGCUACUGAGUUAGUGAAGUCGCUACAGAUGCCUUGCCAGUGAACGCGAAAUUAAACAGUGUCAUGGUAUGAAGAAUUUAAAUUUGUUGAAAUAAAUCUGAGCAAUGUGAUUCUUGUACAAAGUCUUACAUUUUAUAAUUUCAGGAGACUUUUUUAUACAGAAGUGGCAUUGUUUGUUUUCCUUCCCAUAUUGUGUCACCAUUACUGUAUGUAUAUAAUGAGUGUUACCUUUAUUGUUUGCGUCUUGUUGUGUAUUACUAUGUAUUAUUAUUUGACUGUCAACACAGCAUAUUCAUACUAAACCAGUCAGAUAUUACUAUAUUAGUAUAUUAAUAAUUGUUUAUUAGUACAUUUGCUACAUGUUUCGAUCCAGCUGGAUCAUCAUCAGGCAGAUAUUCAUGAAAUGUACACUUGAAUU